GGGUGUAGAAACAUCAACCUUUCUGCUCUACAGCAGAACGGUUCAACACCAGAAAUCUUAAGUUGACUAAAGAAAUCCUGACAGGACUCGGUUUACUCUGAAGGACCAUGUUUCAGUUUUUCUUGUGUUGACUGUAGAACCACCUCCUCUCUGGCCCAAAGUUGUGUCUCCAGUCCUGAUUCUGCUGUUUGUCCUGGCUGCUGUCCUGGGUUUGGUCUUCUACUGUAGAUAUAAGAAGAUGAAAUGUAAACCAGUCUACGAGCUGCAGUUGGCGAGUGCUGGGGAGGGGGAACCGUCUGUCCUGCUGCCCUGUAAAACCAGACGUUUCCUUCCUGCGGACGCCACCGUGGAGUGGAGACACAUUAACAAAGAUGUGGUGGUCCACAUGUAUUCAAACGACACACGACAGCCUAUCAUACAGAUAGAGAACUACCAAAACCGCACCAAGAUGAUGGAGAACCCGCUGAGAACCGGAGACUUGUCUUUGACAUUGCACUCUCCCUGUCCUGCAGACAGUGGUCUCUAUGUCUGCACCGUGCAGAAGCGUGGACACAAAGUCAAACAGAAAGUUGUGUCUCUCCACGUUAAAGAAAACGGUGCAUUUUUAGUUGCAGAUUUAGUGUUUGGUGACGUAGUUCCAGAUGGACAACUGUGUCCACCUGAAAACAGGACCGGAAGCAUCGGAGACGAUGAGAGUCUGAGGGGGGGCCUAAAGGAUAGCCUGAGGGGGAGCCUGAAGGGCAGUACUGACCAAAGAUCGUCUGCCUCCUCUUUGUGGUCGAGCAACAGGGAAGUUCAUCUGUCACAUCAAUCAAUCUAUGAAAAUGACUGAUUUUACAAACCGGCUGCCUGAUCAGCUCAACAUGAUGCAGGCAUCAGAAAGACCAAUGGGACACAUAGCCUGAUACACAUUUACACGUAACACAUGGACAACAUUUUGAAACACAUCGAGAUCUGCCAGCUGUUGACUCCAAACCAGUUUGUACUUUUGUAAAGUUCUUUAUUAUUUUUGUCUGAAAGGUGCUGUAUAAAUAAAAAAAAGAUUUAAUUUUGUAAACAUUAAGUUUCACAACGUAAAACCUAACAACACAAAAAAGAACCAAAGAGACCAAUAAGCAGUGGUGUUCCACAGGGUUCGAUAUUCGGUCCCAAGUUAUUUAUGUUUGUUUAAAACAAGAUAUUUACAUGAACUGUAUGAAAACAACUUUUUUUUCUAUCCAGGAAUCAGCCUCUCCUGUUUUUCACCUGUUCAAAGGCAGAUCCUUGUUACUACAUAGUAACUCCAUUGGGGUAGUACUCAGUCUGAUUAGAUUUGGGCUUCAAAGGGUCAAAGGUCAAGAUCAUUUAUGGUGAUUGGUAAUAUAAAACUGGCAUUUUUUUCUAUUUCGUCAACAGGCAGGCAGAGGCAUACCAGUCAAUGCUUUGGCAUUGAG